AUGGAGAUCCAACACAGAGCUGAGCUCUGUUUCCCACAUCUUCUUAACAUCUCCUGCAGGAAGCCAGUGCUUCACUGGUCUGAAGUGGUCUUCAGAAAUGCUGUGCUGUCUUUCAUCUCAUUUGUUACUGUUGUGCUCAACCUGCUCAUCAUCAUUUCAAUCUCCCAUUUCAGGCAGCUCCACACACCUACUAACAUCCUCCUCCUCUCUCUGGCUGUGUCAGACUUUCUUGUCGGUCUGCUGCUGAUGCCGUUAGAAAUGUACAGAAACACAGCCUGCUGGUUUCUCGGAGAUAUUAUGUGUGUUUUGUAUUGUUACCUAGUUACUCACGUAGUCUGUGCUUCGAUUGGGAACAUUAUUCUUAUUUCUGUAGAUCGUUAUAUUGCUAUAUGUGACCCUCUGCAUUACACCACGAGAAUCUCUACAGCAAAGGCUAAAUGCCUUGUGUGUUUAUGUUGGCUGUGGUAUGCUCUCUACAGCAUGUUCUAUCUAAAAGAUGAGCUAAUAGAACCAGGAAGAAGCAAUUCUUGUACAGGCGAGUGCACACUUAUCAUCAAUUAUGUUAUAGGAACUCUUGAUCUUAUCUUAAGUUUUAUAUUUCCAGUUACUAUCAUCAUAGUACUCUAUGUGAAAGUAUUUGUAGUGGCUGUGUCUCAGGCUCGUGCUAUACGUUCUCACAUUACAGUCUCCACACUCCAGUAUGCAGUGCCUUUAAUAGCAAAAUCUGAUUUAAAAGCAGCCAGGACUCUUGGCCUUCUCAUUGUUGUAUAUCUUGUGUGUUUUUGUCCAUAUUACUGUUACUCUCUUAUUGAGGUUAAUUUUAGCAGUACACAUGCAACAUUUGUUAUUUUUCUUUUUUAUAUUAAUUCUUGUCUAAACCCUUUAAUCUAUGCACUGUUUUACCCCUGGUUCCGAAAAGCAAUCAGCCAUAUUGUUACUUUACAGAUACUGCAGCCGGGCUCUUGUGAGGAAUUACUCUAAUGCAGUCUCAGAAUUCCAGAAUCCAUUGAUAAAAAUAGUGAAAUGAUGCUUGCAUUUUAUUAUAUGCCAUACAUGUACAUUUGACAUUUUUAUAUUAAAAUGAUCAGGGUUGAAGGAUUUUCUGUAUUAUGUCUUUUAGGUAUUUUUCUUCUUAUAGACAAGUUAAUAAGCCAGAAGUACAGGGUUGCCAUUUUUGUUGAUUUCUACUAUGAAUGACUGGGAACGUCAGGAAGAGCACUCAGUGGCAUGCGUGAGGGAGAGUUGAAGAUCUAAGAGCUUGCAAUCAAAGUUGUUUCUGAAGGCAGCAACUCUGUAUUGGGUAAAAAAAAAUAUGUAAUAAAAGAUUA